CAAUAGCACAGCGUGUAUUAUUAUUAUACUUUUUUUUUUGGGGUUCUUUUUUUUGCCUCUUUUCCAAUGAAUUAAACAAAAUAUUCUGCGACAAUUUGGUUUUAUUAUUAUUGUGCUCUCUUCCAUUGGCAUUAAUAAUAAAAGAGUGCAUCAGUUUGAUGUGAAUGUUUCGCUGCAUUAAACAACAGUUUAUCAUAUUGUUAAUCAUCAAUAUUUGAUUUAAAUAAAUUGCCAGCUAUUUAUUAAUUACAAGGCCAAACAAUCAAUUUCAAUUGGGUGUGAACGCAACAACAAAAAAAAAGAAGUAAAUUGUGAAAUUAAAUAUAUAAAAGCGGAUACGUAAUAUUUCAAAGCGCAUAAAACUCGAAUGUCAACUCCAUAAAAAUGAAUCAAGUUAUAGAAUAUAGUGAGAAAUUGUAUAUAGCCAUUAAUUAAAGCUUGUCAGCAUGGUGGCUAAUGUUAUAAUGUUAUAGAUUACAGUUAAUUGCAACGUCAAUGAAUUGCGUCAGCAGAUAGCUGCGAAAUCUGAAAUCCGUAUGAAAUUUGUCUGCAAAUGUCAAACUCAAAUUCAAACUUCAAGUCGAACAACAUGCCAGCUAAUUAAAGAAAAAAGUUCGCACGCCCAGCUGCAACAAUAACAAAACUAACUAACUACAACAAAGAUCAAACCAGGGGAAGUAAUGAAACAACAGUCAACUAAUUAAAACCAAAAACAAAAACAAAAAAAAUCGCAGCAAAUGGCACUUGCCGAUUGCAUGAAGAACUGCACUAAGAAUCGAAAGGGUAGAAGAGAACGAGGAGGAGGAGGAGGAGAAGCGUCUCAAGUACGAGUAAGAGGCCCAGAGAGAACUGUGGAGACCCAGCCCAAAUGUUUUGUGCCCCAAGUUACAGUCGCAGUCUCAGAUUUUUGUGAUAUGGCAACAAAUCUCAUUAUGAGCCCCUCCACUCUACUUAUAAGGUGUGUCUUCGCCAUCGUCGCCAUCGACAUCGUCGUCGUCCCCAGGCACGCCCCAAUUCAAAUCUGGCUGUACUUUCUAAUGCAUGAACUAGGAGUCGACUCCAACAUCGACAUCGACUCUAUAUCGACAUCAGUUGUAUUUCGCGAAAUCGACAUCGAAAUCGGAUACAAUGUGUUGGCCAUGUGAACUUGGCCAAAUCGGCGACUGUCAAACGAAUGUCCAAUUGCCAAUUGCCAAUUUGUAAUGUAAAGUCUUCGGGUAUUAUGCUAUAGGUAUUAUUUACCAGCUAACAAAGGUCACUUGGCCAUAACGAGCCCAAUUUAAUUCACUUAAAGAAUAUGUUAGCGAACAGGGUUGAAAAGAGGGGCACAUAAAGAUACCCUGUAG